UUCUUUACACAUUUAAACAGACCUUAGACUUUGAUCGUUAUACCCACGAAGCAUCAUUCCUACAAUUUAUCAGCUGACUUUUAAUAUUUCCCCAAUAAAAUUAAAAUAAAUUACAUCCAUAAAUAUUUCCAGUAUUUCAUACUUAUAAAUCUCCUUCUAAUCCGCAACUUUUAUUUUCCAGCCUUCCCUUAUUUUUGUAUCUAUCCUCUGUUUCAGACAUUUUAACACCAAAACCACAAAACUAUUACCAAAGAAAGGGUCUUUUGGCUCAUUUCUCAUAAACCCAUUUCACAAUACUAUCUAAUUUCACUAAAUCGACUCCCGUUUCUGUUAAUUGUUCUUGGAUUAUCAGCUAAUCACGUCAAAAUGAUGAUUAAAGGAAGAAACAGGGGAUUCAAAUUAGGCCGGAAACUAAUCCGGGUUUUCAGAUGGGUCGCUCGGAAAAGAAUAAAUUCAACCAAAUACGAGAAGUUAGAAAUGGGAACUGAACAAAGGAAGAGUAAGACAAUUUCCAGAUUAUGCAAAUGGGGGAAGAAGAUUCAACGCGGGCUGUUCAACUCAGUUAAAACUAAAGGGUAUGUUCGAGUUGGUCAUAACUCGGCGUUGGACUCAAAACCGGUUCAUGUACCAAAGGGACACCUGGCGGUACACGUGGAGGAACCAGAAGGUCACACGCGGCGAGUUCUGGUGCCGGUGUUGUUCCUCAACCAUCCUCUGUUUGGGAAGUUGUUGGAAGAAGCUGAGAAAUCGUAUGGGUUUGAUCAUCCGGGUCAAAUCACUAUUCCAUGUCCGAUAUCGGAGUUUGAGAACGUACAAACGAGGAUCGCCGCCGGCGGUGGGAAAUGCCGGCCACGAUUUCACCGGCCAACUCAUAUUUCCGAUGUCAAACAUCUACUAUUAUGAUAUGAUAUGAUAUGAUUGUUUUGUGAGUACGCUUAUAUUAUAAAUAGAGUAGAUUAUAGAUUUUCGAGAAGUUAAUCACCCCUUCCAAAAUUAUAAAUUUUGUGAUGAUUAUUGGGUGUUUAGUUAUACUAGAUUUCUCAAUUUUUCUCUUUGUUUAUUGUAAUAAUUUUCAUUUUGGGUAGACUUAGGUGUUUGAUAUGGUGGAGCAUCCUUUAGAGUUGUACAGAAGAGAUGUUUCUAAGAUAAUGAUGAUGAAUUUCUCUUGAAA